AUGAAUAAACGAAACAUUUGGAAGUAUGAUGAAACGAAGGAAAUGCUACAGAUCAUGCAAGACAACAACUAUGCCGGUUCGUUUAGCAGCAAACACAAACAGAAUAUGGAAAUUUUCCGAAGGAUUGAGAACAAGAUGAUAGAGAGUGGGUAUCACUACAAAAACUACCUGCAGAUCGGUGUGCGAUGGAAAAAUUUGAAAAACCUCUACAUGAAGGCGAAGCGCAGCAAAAGCAAAAACCAGCAGCAACUCUUUCCGUAUUUUGAAGAAAUGGACUGUAUGCUGAAUCAUUUGCCGCUGAAAACAUCAAGCGAAGAGUAUUUAUUCACAUCGGAACCCGACGAGACUAUAGCAGCAGCGGAGCAUUCUAUUGAACAAUUAAGUAACGCAAACGAUGAUACUGCUCCCAAACCACAAGUCACGGAAGUAUCAACCGUCAAUCUAAAAAGGAAACAUACUGACAUACCAAAAAAGAUGGCCAGCACCAAAGUGGGGAAGCGUUAUGGUCCUGCACAGCUCCCUAAAUCUGAUCGGAACAGCAAACUUAAUGCCACGAUUGCGAUGAGCAAACAGGAACUUAGUGAUGAAUUUUACCGUAGCCAGAAGCGAUUGAUCGAUUACGAGUUCAAUCUGUACGUUCGCAAAGAGGAAGAAUUUAUCGAUCGAAUACACGAGACGACGAGAACGAUGCUCGAGGAAAGUAUGGAUACAUUUUUCACCCGGCUAAAGGACGUGUUAGCCAACCAAUCGGUACAGCAUGUGGAAGUGAUCGAAACGUUAGAGUAA